GACGUUUCUUCUACUCGGACUUGUUUACUGGUGGCACGCUGGGAACAGCUGUUUUGAUUCGGCUAAGCUAGUAGCUAGCUACAGUCAACUGACUGACUAACUUAAGUGAAUUUAGUUUUUUAUAAUAUCCCUCCAGCUCCUAUAUUAACCAGGUUGAUCGAGGCCUGUUGCCAUGGAGCCCGCCUGCCGCAAGGACAAGCCAAAGCUGAACAUGACCCCGACCAGAGGAGACCGAGCCAGGCAGAAGUCUGCACAGCAAGAGCUCAAACAGAGACAGAGAGCAGAGAUCUAUGCCUUGAACAAGGUGAUGACAGAGUUGGAGCAGCAGCAGUUCGAGGCCUUCUGCAAACAGAUGCAGUCACAGGGAGAAUAGAGAGUCCUGCCUGCUCUGUCUUUGUCCUUCACCUGGACAAGGUCACCUGGAACCAUCCGAAAACACAACAUACACUGUUACAUACACACUUGAGUCGUUUUCAGACAUUUUCUCCGCUCAGACAUGUUCUCAACAACACAGACAUCUCUGCAGUGUUCAGGUGAGGGGUGGCACAGCAUUCAGAGGCAGGAUGUAACGUAUUGAUUGCUCUAUGGAAAUCACAUAUUUUGGUUUACUGCAUAUCCACACCAGCUUCAGCCCUUAUCACCAAAGGCUCUCUAGACAUCUUAAUCAGUGUGGCACCACUUUUUUAUUCUGAGAUAUUUAUAUAUACUUUUUAGUUUUUUCAGUUUUGUGUCCGUUUUGUGUCCGUUGCGGAAUCCGGAUAAUCUCCUGCUGUUUUCUCACAUGGGCUCAUGUGGACAUUAGCGUUAUUAUAGUUUUUACUAGGGAGCUGGCAAGAGAAACUCCGGAGAAAGUCUCAUUCGGACAUUUGUCAUUAUCCGGAGUUCAGUGCCUGAUGUCUGAAAGUUGCUUUAAAUUUCCAUGCUGAUAUUUGGUUAGAUUUAAUACUGUUUGUACUUCCCAAGAAGAGUUCAAAACAGUCCUCUUUGUCCCUGAUGUGUUUGUGACCCGAGUCCAUAAUAAGAGCAGGAAGCAGAGUUUCAUAUUUCCUACAGACACGUCAAGUCACUGACAUUUAUUUUCCUUAAAUAUCAACCUUUGUAGCAUUGAAACAAUGUAACUCAGGCAACGGAGUUUUUGUACCGUUUUUUUUCUUUUCACUUGUGUCCACAUUCACAUUUAAAUGUUAUAUAGGUCAAAUGCUCAUAUUCACUUGAAUUGAAAUCACUCAAGACACCACAGUGUUGAUAACAAAGGAAUGGGCCAGUUCAAAGUUCCUUCUUUGUAGAUAGAACUAAGAUCUAUUUUAGUAUUUUGAGUACUUGGAUAAUGUUACAUUUCAUGAGUCUGCUCAACAUGAGCAUCCAACUCAAGUCCUUGUUGUCAUCCAUUUGAAUAAGUUUUGUCCCUUUGUCUCUGUUUAUAAGUUAUUACCACAAGCAGUGUUUGAAAGUUGUAGUCUGUGACCUUUAUCUCUGAGGCUGCAGUCUGACUACAUUGCCCACAGUAUUACAUCUAAAUAGUUUGUAUGUGUUUUUGUUGUUCUUUUGACGUGCUAGACUUUUUAACAUGGGCCAUGAUAAAUAAACAUAUUACACUAAACUGAAAAAAACUGGUCACCACAGCUAGUGUUGAAAGACUGCAUUUCACAGCCACUGGUUGUAAGAAUGAGUGGCUGAACUUAAGCUAAAUUACUGAUUCAUAAGCAUGUAGCUUUAAACUAAACAGUGCCCUUAAUUUGUCGAGUGAGUAAAUGGUGCUUGUCAGUGAUGUGCAAUGCCAACUGGCCUGUAUAUGAAUUUUUUUAUUGGGUUGUAUUGUCACUUACAAGUUUGCAAUCAAACCUUUAUUUAUGGCUGAAGUUAGUAUUUAUAUUAUGUAACACAGUAUGUCAGCCACUUGAGAAUAUGAGUUAUACAGUUUUAAUGAAAUGAAUGAAAAUAAAAGUGAGUUUUUUAAAAA